UAUUGAGAAUUACAAAAUAACAGAAGAAAUAGAAAUUUAGAUAUCCAAUAUUAAUGGCUUCUAAUAAGGUAGAGUCAGUGUUGGUGUUGCUAGCAGUAAUAUCAUCUAUGCUAGUGAUUACUCCAAAUGUAUAUGCAGAAAUAUCAUGUGCAGAAAUCACAGUUCUGCUGGUUCCAUGCAUUCCUUACGGAAUUUUAGGCGGCGAUGUGCCGGAGUCGUGCUGCUCGGGCAUUAAAGAUUCGUUCGCACUCGUUAAGACCAACGAAGACUUGAUGCUGAAAUGCCAGUGUGUUGAGGAUGUUGCUGCUCUAAUCCCUGGACUUAAUUACACAAAGGUUAAUGAACUUCCAGCUAAAUGUGAUACUACUUCUCCAUAUAUUGUCAGCCCUGAUACUGACUGCUCCAAGGUGCAUCUUUGAGACAUGAAAUGAACUGUGUGAGUUGGAAAGGGUAGUUUAGAAGAAGAAUAAAGCUUCAGGGAGGCCUUAUCUAUUACAUUUGAUUAAAAAUAAACUAGAGUUCUUCUCUAUAUUUUAAUUACUUAAUUAUUGUGUAUCAGUCGAUAUAUAAAUUUUCAAUAUAUUUAGUUAUGUA